CGUUCACGGGUGUUCUUGCAUCUACCAGACGUUAAUAAAUUCAAUGAGUAAAGGGUACAAGUCACUUUCAAAACACUUUCUUCGGUUCGAUUCGCUCAUUUUUCGUAGAACUUUGAGUCGGUUAUCUUAAUAAUUGCUCAGCCACGGGGAAUUUGGUGUUGGUUUUGUCAAUAUGUGGAAGAAAUGUUUCAUAUUCGUGUUUAUUGCAAGUACUUCUGGCCAGUUCAAAUGUCCUCAAAGAACCGGAUUUUUCCCCGACCCUGAAGAAUGCGACAUCUACUACAUCUGUUCCAGAGGUGCUUACGAACAAAAGUUCUGCCCUGAAGGCUUGGUAUUUGACGACAAAGAUCCGAACCAGGAGAGAUGCGAAACCCCAGCAAACGUAGAUUGUGGAGAUCGAACCCUUUUACAGGAAAGCAAUUCAAGUCCUGGUUGUCCAAAAGCCAAUGGUUUCUUCCCGCAUCCAACUGAUUGUACCAAAUUCCAUAAUUGUGAAGACGGUAUACCAACAAGAUUAUCUUGUCCACCAGGUUUGGUAUACGACAUCGAGACCAGCAACUGCGCAUGGCCGAAAAACUCCAAACGCGCGGAAUGUUUCAAGCCGAACAAAGACGUGCUAGAAGACGGAUUCGAGUGUCCAGGGGGCGACACUGAAGGCCCCAACGGCAGGACUCUCCCGCACCCCACUUUCGCGCAUCCGGACGAUUGCCAGAAGUUCUACAUCUGCAGGGACGGGGUAUCUCCUCAGAAAGGGUCCUGCUCCCCUGGCACCGUGUACAACGAGGAUACGUUCAGGUGCGACGAACCUGCCAACGUACCUGGAUGUGAGGAUUACUACUCAGGAAAAGGUGGAAAGAAGAAAAGCAAGUGAGACCGACUGAAAUUCAAGUACAAAUAUUUUGAGGUCGACAGCAAUAAUCUGAGCAGGUGCAAAAUACCUGGAUGACUAAUUAUUAGAA